AUGUACUUGUUGGUCUAUGUGGAUGAUAUUAUCUUGGUCAGCUCCUCUCAGUUUGCUGCUAAUGCUCUUAUUCGUUCCCUUGGUGCUGAUUUUGCUGUCAAGGACCUUGGGCACCUUCACUAUUUUCUUGGAGUGGAGGUUGCUUCUCGCGGUGCUGGACUUGUUAUGACACAAAAGAAGUACUCUUUGGACUUGCUGCAGCGGGCUGGGAUGCUUAAGUGUAAGACGACUACUACACCCAUGUCUUCCACUGACAAGAUUACUGCUGUUGAUGGUGAGCUUCUGUCUUCUGAGGAUGCGGCAAUCUACAGGAGUAUUGUUGGUGGUCUACAGUACUUGACGAUCACACGCCCAGACAUAUCUUAUGCUGUCAACAGAGUUUUUCAGUAUUUACAGGCGCCUCGCGACACUCAUUGGUCUGUUGUCAAGCGCAUAUUGCGCUAUGUUCGACUUACUGUGUCUUAUGGGCUUUCUAUACGACCGAAUCCCUAUGGGGUCCUCUCGGCGUAUUCUGAUGCGGACUGGGCUGGCAGUCCGGAUGACAGGCGAUCUACGGGGGGGGGGGACAUCUUCACCAAGCCAUUGCCUCUACCACAGUUUGAGGCCUGCAGGCACAAUCUUACCCUCCUCGAUUCUUUAGGAAGUGGCUAA